GUUUCAACAGAAAUCCAGUCCGGGUCUGGGAAUUAAUCGAGAGAGAAGAGAAGAGAAGAGAAGAGGAGAGGAGAGGAGAGGAGAGAAGAGAAGAGGGGUAUUUUCUGUCUUUCUUUCUUCGUCAAAACACAGUCAGACAGACACACACACGCACACCAUAAUGAAAACAGGACUGUGAGCCACGCAAAGCCAGCGAGUGAGAAGAGAUAGAGACAACGACCGGAGAAAGGCGAGAGACGAGCCCGAGUCAGCGUCACUGCCCUGCGGACGCUCUUCGCAUUUUUAAUGCUCACAUUUUGUGCAAAACUUUGAUCCCCAAACCUUAUAACCUAUAAUAAUAUUUAUUAAGUAGUUUUGGAGGAUUUUUUUUUUUUUUUUGGUUCGUCUGUCCUGGAGACACGUUUUAUAGAAUCGCUCAAAGUGGUCAGCGAGGAUAGUUUUGUAAUCUUUAUAUAUAUAGAUAGAUAUAUUUUAUUCAAAGUCGUCGAAAAUGUAUUAUUAAUAUACAUUCACAAACAUAUUUUUUGUGCAAACCACCGGAAUUCGGGAAUACAUAAAACAGACGCUUAUAUGGACUCAUCAAAACUGGGACCGUAAAAGUUUGGAAAAUAAAUCGGAAUAAAAUCGAUUGGAUUGAAGAGGACGCGGGGGGAAAAACGCAGAGAAAUUAUUAUUAUUAAAAAAUAAUAAUAAUAAUAAUAAUAAUAAUAAUAAUAAUAAUAAUUUUCUGUUAUCGGAUUCACACACAGAAGUCUUGCACAUGAGCCGAUCCGGGAGUUAACGAAGCGACAAAGGAAAUAUAUCCAUUGAUAACGAGACUACAUAUUUAUUUGUAUCUCUCUCUCUCUAUAUAUUUAUAUAUAUAUAUAUAUUUAUUUAAAUAUAUAUUCACCAGAGGGAGAGAGCGAUGGGCUGUCGGAACACUGUGAGUGGAUUCGGGUUCAUCCUGUUAUUUACAAUGGAUAUAUGCGGCACAUCAGCUUCAAACCUGGAGCCUAUAUAUUGGAAUUCAUUAAACAGAAGGUUCGCCGAGGAGGCCGGCUACGUUUUGUACCCCCAGAUCGGGGACCGGCUGGACCUGAUCUGCCCUGCCUCGGAGCCCCUGGGCCCCAGAUCCACGGAGGACUACGAAUACUACAAGCUAUAUCUCGUGAACACUGGAGAGCAAGCAGCCCGCUGCGAGAUCACGGGACCCCCGAACCUUCUCCUGACCUGCGACAAGCCCAGCAGCGACACGAGGUUCACCAUCAAAUUCCAGGAGUACAGCCCUAACCUGUGGGGACACGAAUUCAAGACGCACCAAGACUACUACAUCAUCGCCACCUCGGAUGGUUCUCGCGAGGGAUUGGAGAGCAUGAAAGGAGGGGCGUGUCUAAACAAGGGCAUGAAGGUGGUCCUGAAAGUCGGACAGAAUCCCAACGGUAUGGGCCCCGACCCCCAGAAGCCGAACCCAGAUCUCUUGCCAGGACAGCCUCCGGCGCCAGACCCUAACCGGGUCCCGGGCAAAGACAAGGCCUCAGAUCCUUCAGGGAACUCAACAAAGCAGGGAGGCGGGGAAAACGGGCCCUUCCCCCCUUCCAACAUUCCCAUCAUCGCCGGCGCGGCCGGAGGCUCCGCCUUCCUGCUCAUCAUCGCUAUCAUCAUCGCCGUGGUUUGCUACCGGAGACGCCAGUCGAAGCACUCGGACAGCCACCACCCGCCCCUCUCUCUCUCCACUCUCACCAGCCCCAAAAGGGGCGGGAACAACAACGGUUCGGAACCCAGCGACAUCAUAAUCCCGCUACGGACUUCCGACAGCGCGUUCUGUCCCCACUACGAGAAAGUGAGCGGCGAUUAUGGCCACCCUGUUUACAUCGUCCAGGAAAUGCCUCCUCAAAGCCCAGCUAAUAUUUAUUAUAAAGUGUGAAGACAGUUUGACACUGUGGGAUUGAUAUGGCUAUUGUUCUUUUGGUUUUUUGUUUUUUUUAACGCUGAUACGGUGGCGUUUUUUAUUGCCGCUAUUUUUACGCUGUUUUCUGUAUGACGGAGAACUUAAGCGUCUGUUUUUGUCUUAGAAUUUCGUGGUUUCUCUUCGUUGUUUUGAAGUUGUCGGUUAUACUGCCUUUUUCCUUUAAAGAGGAACUUCUGCAGAGAAACGGAAAAAUGACUGCGAAAAAGGAUUUUGUUUUCGAAUGAGGAACGCCGAAUCAUAGACGUUUUUCAUCUUGUGUUUUCUUAACCAGCGUCAGCCCCGCCCCUCUGUGAUCAUAUACCACCUCGUUCGAAUCGAUGACGGUGCAGACUGAACAGAAAACCGAAGACUUCGAGUCAACCUCGCCAAGGGCUUUUCUCUACGAGGAACGUGAAUCAGAUUCCAGAAAAAAAAACAUUUCCGAAAACGAAAGCCGCCGCUGUUCAUCCCUGCAUUUUCAAUGGGAAACAGCUGGAAAAGGUGCAUAAAAAAAUAAAAUAAUAAAUUCGGACAAUCAGAGUGUUGAUGAGAAUACAGUAUAUUGAGGAUCGUGGAUUGAGUUGUAUUUUGUAGAACGACGGCAGGAUCAUCCUUAAAGCAAUGUCUCCUCUUUCCGUUUGCGGAAUUCUGUAUAGCGAAAUGAUUCUAAUACAGUACGUGCCCCCCCCCCCCACCCCCCCACCCCCCCUCGGCAUAAACUCCAAUCCAAAGAAUAUGCAAAAAAAAAAAGGGUGGGGGGGGCAACUGUAUUUUAUUGUCAACUCUCCAAACUAGGCUGGCUGCACGCAAGUGUUGGAUAAGAGAGGUUACCAAAUCCGGGUUUAUCGGAGUGGAAACUUAGAUUCAGAACUGUACAGGUCAAUAACACAGCCCUUGUACGAGCGAUAAGCCGGGUUUACUGCACAACAAGACCUUCGGAUGUCUACGCUCCCCCCCCCCCCAAAACAGCGCCCCCUGGUGCAUCGGAGGUCUAACGGCAACGAUCCCAGGUGGCGCCACCUGGAGUUCACGUGAGCAGCCACUGGACGUUUUUUUUCAGGUGUUUUUUUGGUACUUUAACUGCUUCAAACACAAACCCUGUGAUGACGUCAGACACUGGAGCGGACGCAUUAUUAAUAUGGAUAUAAAUGUGGUCUCUCCCCCCAGAUCUCCCCCAUUGUUUCUGGUCGGUCCGCACUGUAAUGUGUUCCCUUGCUGAGGGGAGGGUGUGUUUUGAAGGCGGUUCGUGGGUCGAUGGGAAAUGAAAUGGUGUCGGAUUCCUGGGCAGUGCCAGCGCUGUGGGUAACAGACCUCUGGCGGAAGUGGGCGUGUGUGUGUGAUGUGCCAAUGCUGUUUACUGAAACAAGAGGCUGGUGUUUGUACAUUGGCUCAGACUCGGAUUGCUUAGGCAGUAACACCUUUUAAUUUUUUUUUUAUUCAAAACAUCAUCAACACCACCCCUCUCUCUCUCUCUCUCACAAAUCUUUCUCUCCUCUCUCUCACACAAAUCUUUCUCUCCUCUCUCUCACACCUCUUUCUCUUCUCUCUCUCACACAUCUCUCUCCUCUCUCUAUCUCACCUCCCUCUCCUCUCUAUCUAUAUCUCUCUCCUCUCCUCUCACCUCUCCCUCUUUCUCUCCUCUCCCUCUUUCUCUCCUCUCCCUCUUUCUCUCCUCUCCCUCCUCUCUCCUCUCUCUCCUCUCUAUAUCUCUCUCCUCCCUCUCCUCUCUCCUCUCCUCUCACCUCUCCCUUUCUCUCCUCUCCCUCUUUCUCUCCUCUCUUUCUCUCCUCUCCCUCCUCUCUCCUCUCUCUCCUCUCUCUCUAUAUCUAUCUCUCUCCUCCCUCUCCUCUCUCACCUCU